AUGCUUUAUUCUUUGAUACUUCCUGGUCUUGAAUUAUCCUUAAAAAAUUUUAUUGAACAACAUCUUCCUAUUUCCUCAACUAAUGUAACCAUCAAUGAUUUUGAUGGGUUCCUAAAAUCAAUAAACGAUGAGAUUAUAAAUGAACGAAAAGACGAAUUGCUGGAAUUUUUUAUACAUCGAUUUCUUUUAAAGAAUGGAAUACUCUCUUAUAUUAAUAAAACAUUUAUUUAUUUUAGCCAGGGGAAUUAUCGAAAAAUUUCGGAUGGUAAUAUCGAUAUUCAUGGACAAUAUAAAAUUUUAUUUUUCCUAAUUCGAAGUAAAUGGCUGAAUCCUAACUAUAAAGUUGAAGUUGAAGAAGUACGUAAAUUGUUGAAUGUUAUCUCUAAAAAACCCGAAACAUUCAUCGGAUUUCUUGUCACAAAUGUGCCAUUAAGUGAUUAUGCACAAAAUGAAUUAGAGGAAUCCAUACUUAAGCAUAGGAUUUGUGUUUGUUAUUUUGACGAAAUAGUUGAUAAGAUAUUGGAAUACGCACAAAUCCUAGAACAAAAUCAAGAAGAAGAAGAAAUGGAGUUGGAAAAGAGAAAACGUAAGUGUAACGAAUUAGAAUGGGAAAAUAAUUUCCUUCGAGAAGAAAAUAAAAAACUCAACGAAGAGAGUAAUGAAGAAUUUGAUGAAGCGAGUUUUAAGAAACUUAAAGAUGCAGCCAAAGAUCUUGAGGAUAAGAUUGAAGUCCAAAGUAAGGAAAUCAAUGGAAUACUCGAUUUGAUAUUAAAAAAACUUGGUUGA